GACAUUUCAAAAUGGCGGUGACAUGGGGGUUUCGCUGUGUGGCUUAUGGGGUUGUUUCGUCUGUGGUUGUUGCCGUUUUAAGUUCACUCUGUCUGUCCGAUGAGACUGAACUCGUUGGAAAAAUCAUAACAGGGAGUUUGGCAGCUCUAAUCGGCAUUACAUCUUUGAUCGCCUUCCACAUCUCGUCCCUGCGAUGUUCAGAGAGCCACACCCUACGUACUCUACUCCUGUCUUACAGAUGGCACCAGGGAGAGAAAAUAGUCACGCCCUUACUGAUGGCUAAGAUGAAGCAGAUGUGGAGGCAUCCACGCAAAGCCCAGGAGGAAUUACUUCAGAAGCUGACAAGACGAGAUGCGAAGACGGAGUACGGAAGGCAUCACCGUCUUGAAGAAAUUCACUCCUUGGAGGACCUCGUUAACAAGCAUCCCCUGACUUCCUACGAUCACUACCAGAAGUACAUCGAGAGGCUGGCUGAUGGUGAGGAAGGAGUCAUUGUUGGUGAGAAGCCCGUGAGAUUCGGGGUGACAUCAGGAACAACGGGAGUAGGGAAGAAGAUACCUUACGUCGGUCUCUUUUACUCCGGAGACGCCGUGAGCAAGAAGUUCUACCGUCUGACUGGUUAUCAGGGCAGCCGUCGACCAAGCCCAGUACAGAAGAGAUGCUAUCUGUACAUCCACCCCAACGCUGCCUACACAAAAAGUGGUCUAAUUGUGUGUCCAUACAUGCUCUUUGCAGACGGUGAUAAAUUCCUUUUUGCUGAGCAUAGCUCACCCAGACCGGCACUCCUCAUCUCUGACGAACCAGCUUCUGCGUACGUCCACAUGCUCUUCGCAAUAGCUGACCGGAAUCUGGGCCAACUUAGGGCAAUGUUUUCGCCACAACUGUACCGAGCUCUGAAAUGCGUGGAGACCAACUGGGAGAUGAUGCUCUCUGAUUUAUCGACGGGGAAGAUUAGCGCCAAGAUACCCCUAGAGCUUGAGUUGCGUCGGUCGAUUCAAAGCUACAUGAGGAGAGACAUGAACCGAGUCGCUGAGCUGAGGAAGGAAUUUGAGAAAGGCUUCGAGGGGAUCGUCAAGAGGAUCUGGCCGCAUCUUGGAGGAAUGGACGCAGUUGAACACUUGGGAUAUAAAAAGAGGAUUGAAGAAACCUACGGAAAAGGUUUUGUGGUUGGCAGUUUAAGGUUUGGAGGUACUGAAGCUGGAAUUAUCGCAAUUAACGUCUGGAUGAAAGAAGAGGUUCCACGCUAUGCGUUUCUACCGUUAAACAGCAUCUUUGAAUUCAUCCCAGAAGACCAAAGUUCAGAAGAAAAUCCGAAGACUCUUUUGUUAGACGAGGUGGAGAAAGGUAAGAAUUAUGAACUCGUGAUGACGACAAGGACCGGACUGUAUCGCUAUAGAAACGGUGACGUCAUAGAGGUAGCUAGUUUCCAUGAGAACUGUCCGGUGUUCAAGAUGAAGUACAGGAUUGGGGAGCUUCUGAACCUUGUAGGCGAGAUGUUAAACAGUUCUAUUGUUGCAACAGCAGUUAUUGAGACUGUCGAAGACUGGGCUGGAUGUCAGCUGAUUGACUGGACUUGCGCAGAGAGCUCUCUGUAUGACCCUACAACCUCCGAUCUGUUCCACGUCGUGUUUGUGGAAGUUGACCCUGGAGAUAUGAAAAUCACCGAUGACCAACGAUUACAGUUUGAUGCAAAUUUACAGAAAGGUCAUGACCUGUACAAGAACCGCCGUAAAUCGCAUUUCAUCUCCCCGGCCCGAGCGCACGUUGUCCGGCCAGGUACCUUCAAUGAGCUACGAGACUAUACCGUGUCUCGCACCACGGCCUCGGUCAAUCAAUUCAAGACGCCUCGGAAGCUGAGGACGAAGGAAAUGGUGGAGUGGAUGUUGCAGAGGGUGGCUUAUUAAUCCCAAUGGCGGUCAUUUUGAAAUACAAGAUGGCGCCAUCUGCAAUUUUUGGUGGCCCCUGUACUAAAAAUGCUUGUAUUGUAUAAACCAUGUGCCAAGUUUCAUGGAAAUAAUUGCACAAAAUUAUCAGCCUAGCCGCCCCACUAAUAAGCCGUGUCCAAUUUGGCGGCUAUAUCGCUACGGCUACAGCUAGAUUUCCGUGACAUCAUGCUUUGAGGUCCUACGGUUGAUUUCACAAAGAGUUGAGUCUAGUCUUAUCUUGACGAGUUACUCAUCCUACCUUAGGACUAGCCAUAUGUUUUUAAUAUCUCCUAGGACUAGUCCUAAGUUAGGACUAGUCCUAUACUCUUUUACUUGACCUCAUAUAUAGGACGUUUAUAGCAACUCCCUAAUAUCAACAGCCGAUAGCCGUAUAGCUGCAGACGCUAAUUCUGAUACGGCCGUAGCCUUUUGUCAAGGCCUUGGCCGGUGGCAUAAGCAGCUUCAUAGAGCCAGAUAUCCCAAGCGGCUUGUAAAGGGAGACCACGGAUAGAGUUUUGUAAAAGCCACGAAUUAGAUUAACCGGUAUAUCAUAAGGGCAUCGCCUAUCGCUACUGAAAACUGACGGGCGACGAAGUCUCGAAAUACAUUUUGUAAUCAAGAUUCUCUUUAAAGGCAGUGGACACUAUUGGUAAUUACUCAAAAUAAUUG